AACGGCAGUGUUCUCUACUUGCGCUGUUUCGUUUUCGAUAUGUCUACCAACGUCAUCAUUACAUCUCGGUGACGUUUCUUCGGUAGAGGUCUAUAAACAGAAAUCAAAAGGAGCAUCAGACAUUAAAUAAAGUUAAAACUCUGGUAGAUUGCUGCUGAUGAAGUACAAAGAGCUACAAAGUAUACAGAAGAAAAACUCUCAUGCGGAACUCUUGCUUAAAGCUACCAACGAGAAGAUAAAGCAUGCUACACAACAGCUUCGUUUGUUGGAGCAGGUCUACCUGGGAAAAAAACGUCGCAGAGAACUGGAGUCGGAACAAAUGCAGCUCAUCUUAUUGGAGAUAAAAAGCUGCGAGAGAAACGAAAAAGCUACUGUGCAAGGAAUCCUGAAAGCCCAAGAACGAAUGAAAAAAUAUGAGGAACAGAUUGCAAAACUGGAAGCAACAGCCGAGCUUUUGAAAGAUGUGAUUUGUAGCCACGAAAAUAAUGGCAAGUCCUGGUUGGAGAUAUACAUGACAUACGAGGACGAAAUAUUGACUGAGGAAUACAGCUGUCAAGAGGAAGCUAGAAAAAUCGAGGCACUGCAGCAGUCCAGUGAAAAGUUGGCGCUGGAAUGGACUAGAAAGAAAGAAGCUGCUGAAAGAAUUAAUACCGAGACUAAAGUUGCCUGGAUGGAAACUACCAGCAUAAUGAAAGAGUGCAGAGAGCUAUUCAGUAAGAAGUUACACAAGCUUGAUGCGUGGAACAACGUUGUGUCACUCUGCGUUGAAAAGGCAGCAUAUUUAGAAGAUCUCCAAAAGGAGUUAGAAGCAGUGAGAACACAAUUGCAAAGACAAAGCCAGGAUAUGAUGGCAGCUCGAGAGGAAUUGCACUUUGUGCACAGAUCUCUCCGAGACGCUAACGGUGAGCGCCGUAGGUUGGAACAACUGCUGGCUACAUUACGCUGCGAGAGUGAGCACGACUCUUCUGCUGCACAAAACCUUGCUGGAGAGGUAGCAAUCCUGGAACGUGCCGUACAGAAAACAGGCAAUCUGCUGCAACAGAGACAAAAUGCCAACAUCAUACGUCUGCCGCUAAUUCAAUCACAGCUUCAAAGCAUUCAAUUGGCCCGAAAGGUAGCCACACGGGAGUCACUAACUAUGACACCGCUUCCGACAACACCAGAGGAUGCACUACACAGCGAAAUCGAGCGUUUGGAAAACCGCAAGGAGAAGCUCCUCCAAAUGCUCCAGAGGCGCCGUCAAAAAAUUGCCGCAACCAGAGAGAUGCUUAUGUUGCUGCGUCAAAAGCAGGAAUGUCUUGCGACAGAACUGCAGGAGGUUGAAUCGAAUACUCAAAAUGCAUACCUUCUCCUGUACAAUCAAAAUAAGGUUGAGCAGCAACAGAACGACACAAUCCAGGAGCUUCAAAGUGCUAUUUGGGACACCGAAAGGCGCUUAGAGCAGACGGAAACCAAGAACACAGGUGGCCACCUGUCCUUCAUACAGCGAAAUCUGUCCGAACGUCUGGUUCGUGUUCGGGCCUCAAGACUUGCCCUCCACCAUCAAUUACGCACAGCAAAGGCAAUGGAAGAAAAGAAGAGACAAGCGCGCAAGGGUUUGUCUAUUGAAGAUACUCUAAAGGAUCUCCAGGCUGAGAUUGCACAGCUUGAAAGGCAAAGCUGCCGCCUGAAGGCUCGCAAGCAGGAAUUUGAAGAGAAAGAUAGAGACAUUCAACUCCAAGUCAUGCAACGACAGCAUCUCAUCCAGCAAGAGUCACACAAUGCCAGUUUACUACAGAGCUCCGUUAUGCAAUUCGAAAAGGAGAUGCGAGAACGGCGCAGAGAAGCAGAUGCACAGGUGCACGCUGCACGCAGAGAGCGCGUACAAUCUGAGCACAUGAAGAGUGUCGCUGCUCGACGGUACAAGGAAAGAGCACGCCGGGUCACAAUCCUGCAGGCGAGGUACGAGUCUAUCGUGCGGGCGAGAGGUUUAUGCACUGAUGAGACACUGCCAGCAGCUGCUUGCUUAGAAGAUAUGGCAGAACAAUCACCUCCAACAGUGAUAACCCAAGAAAUGGAACAGCUACGGAACCGUGCUAUCAAACUGCAAGAUGCCGUUGACAUGGCUAAGGCGAAGCUCGAGAAAACCACGCACGAGGUGGCCAUAGCUCAAAAUGCUCUGAGCGAUAUGCGGGGUGCCUUCACCACUUCACCAGAUCCAGAUCAGGACAUCACACUACAAGACUUAGAAACUAAAAAACUGGAUUUGCAGAGAAAGCUGGACAGUGCAGACCGGACCAUAGCCAGUACCCAGAGGGCAAUAUCUCAGCUAAAACAAUUGUUCCCAGAGAGUCAUAAUGAGGAACUUGAACAGGAAGUGAAGGCCCUAUUAGAUAUGAGCAAGAGCUUAUCACAUGAUUUAUCUCAAAUUACCACGAAGCAAGUGCGUGCUCUGGCCCAGAAGAUGUCCAAGCUUCGUCUCCUUGGCACUGGGUGCGAACAGCUGGCCCUGCGUCUUGAAGCUUUGCAAGAGUUGCAACGAAGAGUUGAUGAUCGAAUUGCAGAGCUGGCACAGGAAGCGUCGGUUCGAGUGGCUCUUCGAGACAUCUGCAUGCAGGAGAAAGUGCAGCUAUCAGCUCUGGAGCAACGUCCAAGGGCUCUACGCGAGCGCUUGGUGAAAGCUCAAGAUGUCAAGAUAAAGAAGCACAUAACAAUUGCCAGCCCAAUAGCAAAGAUUAAUCUUGGUGCAGAUAUUCCAGACCGUGAAUAAUGCGAUCUAUGACAUAAGGACAAGCUCUCAGCCAGCAUUGGUAGAUUGCUGGUUGGGAAGAUCAGGAUUAUACAGAUUAUGCGGUAAAGUAAGUCAUGGUAAGGAAACCUGAAAAUGGAAAUAACAGUUGCUGCAGUUUGUAGUGCUCCCACCAGGAAUGCCACUGGACAUGUUGCUUGAACACUACAUAUCAGCUUGCUAAGAGAUGUGUAACUGCAUUGACAUCAACGGUAAUUGAUUGAAAAAUUAAAAAAAUAAAAGUAUGUUUUUGUUA